UCAGGCGCGGUGCCGGGGCGGGGCGGCGGUGCCGGUGGCGGCGGCCCCGCCAUGGCGCUGUCGCCCUACGUGCAGGCCAUGCAGGAGCUGUUCCGCGCCAACACGCGGAGCCGCGAGUUCCCGGCGCACGGCGCCAAGGUGCACUCGGUGGCCUGGAGCUGCUGCGGCCGCCGCCUCGCCUCCGGUUCCUUCGACAAGACCGCCAGCGUCUUCCUGCUCGAGAAGGACCGGCUGGUGAAGGAGAACAACUACCGGGGCCAUGGGGACAGCGUGGAUCAGCUCUGCUGGCACCCCAGCAACCCUGACCUGUUUGUCACAGCGUCAGGGGACAAAACCAUCCGCAUCUGGGAUGUCCGCACCACCAAGUGCAUCGCCACUGUCAACACCAAAGGUGAGAACAUCAACAUCUGCUGGAGCCCUGAUGGACAGACCAUUGCCGUGGGGAACAAGGAUGAUGUGGUCACCUUCAUUGAUGCCAAGACACAUCGCUCCAAAGCUGAGGAACAGUUCAAGUUUGAGGUGAACGAGAUCUCCUGGAACAACGAUAACAACAUGUUCUUCCUCACCAAUGGGAAUGGCUGCAUCAACAUCCUCAGCUACCCAGAGCUGAAACCCAUCCAGUCCAUCAACGCCCAUCCUUCCAACUGCAUCUGCAUCAAGUUCGAUCCCAUGGGGAAGUAUUUUGCCACAGGCAGUGCUGAUGCAUUGGUCAGCCUCUGGGAUGUGGAUGAGCUGGUGUGUGUGAGGUGCUUCUCCAGGCUGGACUGGCCUGUGCGGACGUUGAGCUUUAGCCAUGAUGGGAAGAUGCUGGCCUCAGCAUCAGAAGAUCACUUCAUUGACAUUGCUGAGGUGGAAACAGGAGAGAAGCUCUGGGAGGUGCAGUGUGAGUCCCCCACCUUCACAGUGGCCUGGCACCCGAAGAGGCCGCUGCUGGCCUUCGCCUGUGACGACAAAGAUGGCAAAUACGACAGCAGCCGGGAGGCUGGCACUGUCAAGCUUUUUGGGCUCCCCAACGACUCCUGAUGAAGCCGCUGCACCCAGGGAGGCAACACCUGCCUGUCCUCGAGGGUGGGAGCUUAGCAUAGGUGGGGCAAGGAGCUGGCUCAUCUCCUUGCCAGCCUGGCAGGGCUGUGGCCUCGGGCUCAGCUCGGUGUGUCCUGUUCUUGGGAGCUUUAUAAACAGGCAGCUGUGUGCUGGGGAGAGUGGGGGGAUUUCGUCAGGGCCCCCCUCUGCCACCUCCUCUCUGGGGCAUGGGGGGGCUUGUUCCAAAGGCAAGUGGCCAAAGAAAAUCAGUCACUGAAGGUGGCUGCUGAGGAGCCUCCCAUGGGAGGUGCUCUGCUUUGACCAGGCUCCCCAGCAGUGAUGAGAUACGUGACUGUCCCCUUGUCCCCACAAGCCUGGUGGCAAGGGCAGCUCUGGGAGCACAACCUGCCUCUCCCCCUCCCUGACAUCCCAUGUCCCUUCCCUAGCUGGGGCAAUGAGGGGAGGGAGGGGGGUUUGAACUGGUAGAUGUUUUCCCAGCUGUGGCUUUUUUAAAAUAUUUGUGGUGUCUUUUUCUAAUUUUGAUAAAUCCUCUUCCUUAA